AUGACGUCAUUAACGGCUGCCAUCUUGACCAGGAUCGGGACAGUGUAGUGGUGGUGUUUAAUCCGUGAUCAUCUGCCUCCCAGUGCACCAUCCGAGCUCCAUAACCCGGUAGACGGAAAGCUAGAACACCUAGAAAUAUGGCGGAAACUGAUAAGCUUAACAUAGACUCCAUCAUCGCCAGAUUAUUAGAAGUGCGUGGGUCUCGUCCCGGCAAGAAUGUUCAGCUGACAGAAAAUGAGAUCCGGGGCCUGUGUUUAAAGUCCAGGGAAAUCUUUUUGUCCCAGCCCAUCCUUCUCGAGCUGGAGGCGCCCCUAAAGAUCUGUGGAGACAUUCACGGACAGUACUACGAUCUGCUACGACUAUUUGAAUAUGGAGGAUUCCCACCUGAGUCGAAUUACCUGUUCCUGGGCGACUACGUGGACCGUGGCAAGCAGUCUCUAGAAACCAUCUGUCUGCUGCUGGCUUACAAGAUUAAGUAUCCAGAGAACUUUUUCCUGCUCAGAGGCAACCAUGAGUGCGCCUCCAUCAACAGAAUCUACGGCUUUUAUGAUGAGUGUAAGCGAAGGUACAACAUCAAGCUAUGGAAAACCUUCACCGACUGCUUCAACUGCCUACCAGUCGCCGCCAUCGUGGACGAGAAGAUCUUUUGUUGCCACGGUGGGCUGAGUCCAGACCUACAGAGCAUGGAGCAGAUCAGACGCAUCAUGAGGCCCACCGACGUGCCAGACCAGGGCCUGCUGUGCGACUUGCUGUGGUCAGACCCAGACAAGGACACGAUGGGCUGGGGCGAGAAUGACAGAGGUGUUUCCUUCACCUUCGGCGCAGAGGUCGUUGCCAAAUUCCUCCACAAACACGACUUUGACCUCAUCUGUCGUGCCCAUCAGGUGGUGGAAGAUGGCUACGAGUUCUUCGCCAAGAGGCAGUUGGUGACCCUGUUCUCAGCGCCCAACUACUGCGGGGAGUUUGACAACGCUGGGGCCAUGAUGUCGGUGGAUGAGACCCUCAUGUGUUCCUUCCAGAUACUUAAGCCAGCGGACAAGAAGAAGUUCCCCUACGGAGGCCUGAACACUGGCCGGCCCGUCACCCCCCCCGAGAGGAGCCGCAAAUCAGAAAAACAAGAAGAAAUAGAAGUGCAGGGAGUCCCCAGCGUCUUGGUGGGCGGCCCCUCCCCACCACCCACCGCCCCCACCCCCAUGGUCCCCGUGCAGCCAGCCAUGGCCUGCGGGGCAGCGGGGCGUGGGCCGGGGGCCAGGGCAGGGCUGCCUCCAAGGCCUGACUUAGUGGAGUAAAGCUGUUAGACAAAGUUGAGUUGCUAAACUAUUGUAGGUAUCAUAUAAUAUUUAUAUUGAUCACAUAGCCCUGGUGGGAGCAAGGGGAGGCGGCUCAAAGUAUUUUUAUUAUAUAUUCUAUCCCGUAGAAGGUAAAGCUUGGACCCGUCAGCCUUGAGAUGCCUGUUAAGGUCUUUAUCUCCCAUGAUGAUAUUGAUAAUGAUGAUGAUGAUGAUGAUGAUGUAACACUACAUACAAUUGAAGUACUCUUUCAAGUAAACAAAAGCUUGCAGUCAUUAUUCUGCAACUGUGAUUCUACUGAAGUAUUGGUUAACCUGUGUUUGUAAUGUGGAGAGUCUGACUCACAACCAUAUACUAUAUUUGAGUAUGUAAAUAGCCACGGUAUUUAAUCGCAUAUAAGCAUUUACCAAUGUUCUUGUAUAAACAGGUAGGUAGGGCCCAGAGAGGAGCGAGGGAGGCAGCCCCCACCUAGCUAGUGGCUGUGUUAGAUCCGUGUACAAAUGUCCCGUCGCCGUAGUAGCAGGACCACCACCACCAAUACCACCACCACCACCACAGUCUUGUCUGGCUUUUAGUUGUCCCUGUCCAGUGUGGAGCCUCAGGGACUGCUGCGCGGCGCCAUGCCGGCCCGCCGCCUCCCGCCAGGCAGGGCGGGGGGCGGCGGGGUCUGGCAGGCCGUGGCGCUGACAGGUGGCGUCCAGGCUUGGCAGGAUGACGGCCUUUAGAGGGUAACACUAGAAUGCUUUUGUAUCUUUUCGUUGAUAAUUUCUUUUUAUUUGUUCUCUUGUUUUCGUUAGCAGGUUAGUUAGUCAGUUCGUUGGUUAGUCUUGUGUUGCGGCGGCAGCGGCGGGGAUGCUUUGCUUGUGGCUGCCAGCAGUGACUUGCCCGGCUGUCGUGCACUGCCACUGCCACCGCCGCCGCUGCCCUCAGCCUCAUGCUCGUCUGUCUAGGAGUAUUUUGAACUCUGUAAUGUUAUAUUUUCUUCCCCAAGGAAUCAACAAGAAGUGUCUUCACAACAGAGUACAUGAAUACAUUACACACCAAUACCUUAUUUUAAGUGUGAAAUUUUUGCCGUGUUCGUUGGCUGCAUACAUAAUGAUAGCAAUUUAUUAUUAUUAUUAUUAUUAUUAUUAUUAUUAUUAUUAUUAUUAUUAUUAUUAUUAUUAUUAUUAUUAUUAUUAUUAUUAUCAUUAUUAUUAUUAUUAUUAUUAUUAUUAUUAUUAUUAUUAUAUUUGUCAUUAUUGUCAUUAUGAUUACUGUCUCUUCCGUAGACUAUCCUGCAUCUUGACUUUAUUAUUGCUGCACCACUUGACACGUAGAGUCCUGAGUGACAGAAUGGCAUUGACAGACAGGUGGAGGAGGAUGUUCUGCCAGACACCACACACCACCACCACCACCACCACAACAACCAUAACCCAGCAUGCAGCACACACACACACACACACACACACACACACACACACACACACACACACAGAAGCGUACAAGCCACAGACAGCGUAACAUACAUAUUUUUUCUCGUAAUGAUUUUCAGUGAGUGUUGGCUGCCAGUGUUAGGGGGUCAUGAUUUUUCUGAGGAGAUCCUGGUGGCCGUUGUAAUUUGUAAGUUAUUAUGAAAAAUCCGACCUCUGGGUGUGCACUGUUGCUGCCCAGUGGUCCACAAAUCACAGGAAAAUAAAAAAAAAAGCGAAAAAACACCACUGGCUUUCAUUCUACUGUGCUGGUUUGGUUGAGUGAUGCUGCAACCUCACACACUUCAACUGAGAGUGUGUUUGUGUGUCUGGUUGGACGACACUACUGAGACCCGUGUUUGGAAUUGCUUUGCUCUCCCGCCAUGACUAUUUUCAAAGGCCCCAGAGAUGAUUAGCCGAGUUGUCAAGAGUGUUUCUGCUGUUAGUAAUGUAGAAAUCUUGUUAAUUUUGUCAUUAGAACCGUAAAAACACCCUUAGAAACGCGUGUCACUUCAACUAGAGCCUUUUGAAAGUAGUGGAGGUGUGGCGCAGAAGUGUUUCAGAAUAUAGCCCCUCACUUCAUCCAGCGUGUCUGUGUGUCUGGCUGGAUGACUACGUUACCUCCCUCACUUCAUCCUGAGAGGGUUCCUUAAGGUGAAGUGGUGCGGUGGACAGUGACAAGCCGAGUCUCUCUCCACUCCUUUAAUACAAUGAUACAACACUGACACUCCCCACACGCAUCAUUUCCUGUAAAUACAUAGGUCGUCUUCACUAGGUUAUAGACUUGCCUGUAUAAACUGUACAUUUUUUUGUGAACUUAACUAAUCAAUUACUACGUAUCAUCAUGUGUACCCCGGUUACGGCAGUUCACGUCAGUUGGUCAGCGUACCGUUUUACGAAAUUAUAUCAAAAUCCCGUUUGUGUUUGCCGAUAAUACUUAUAUAUCAAGUCAACCACACUUUUUGAUAAUAGUGUCAUGUUACCUAAAAAUUUCUAGUGUCGAUCUGUACAAAAAAGAUUACAGCGUCUUUGGACAUAGAAAAAAAAACUGUCUGCUAGUAAUAAUAUCAAUAAAAACCACAUUUUUGAUAAACCUAAUUGUGUAAUCUACCUAAUGUACUGCAGCAAAUAAAUAAAGCUUUCGUCUUAAUGUAAAUGCGAUCUGUACAAAAAUAUGAUUGCGUCUUGAAGAAAAAUAUACGUUGAUACCAAAUAGC